AUGGUCAAUCCCUGGGAUUACAAGUAUCCCUCACCGCUCGUCGGCUUCGAGGACGCCCCUCCACUGUCCACCGAGACAAACGAAGAUGGCAAGAGUCUGGUCAAUCCCAAACGGGAUGGUCUCAGCCAAGCCUACGAAUGCUUCACUCCGCCGUUGAGAACUGACCGGCGAGGUGGUUUUGACAUACACAUCUACUACUUCCAGCAGAGCCAGGAGCAGACCAAGUACGCUCGUGAGCUUUGGGAACGCAUUCGACGAGAGUUCCCUGAGCUGAGAGUCUACAAAUUCUGGGAUCGCCCAAUCGGCCCUCAUCCGGUGGCCAUGUUUGAAGUCAAUGUCUUUACGCCGGCACAGUUUGGAGCGUUUGUCGCCUGGCUCGCCAUCUGGCGCGGGCCGUUGUCUGCGUUAAUUCAUCCAAACACUGAUCCGGAAGAAGGAGAGGCAGAUAAUGAAGUUGAGUAUCGGGACCACACGGAGAGAGCUAUUUGGAUGGGUGAGAAGUUGCCGCUAGAUUGGGCGCCAUUUAGACCUCGCAGCAAGUAA